CAAAGUUGUUACAAACGAUGGCUUUCAGAAACAUUUUAAAGAAUCAGAAGCCUGACUGUAGUUUUGAAUACGCGUGUUUAUUGCAGAAUGUCCAGUUGCCGAAGCUCCCGGUCCCGGAGCUGGAGACCACCAUGGAGACGUACCUGGAGUUCGCGGCGGUGGUGGUGAGCCAGCAGGCGCUGGAGCACUCGCGCGGCCUGGUGCGGGGCUUCAUGGAGGAGCUGGGCCCGCGCCUGCAGGAAAUGCUGCUGGAUAGGCAGAAGGAGAUGGACAACUGGGUGACGGACUGGUGGCUGGACGACAUGUACCUGAGGGUGCGGCUGCCGCUGCCCAUCAACUCCAACCCGGGGAUGGUGUUCCCUCGCCGGCACUUCGCUAAGAUGGAGGAGGUGGCCGACCUGGGCGCGCUCUUCAUUGACGACCUGCUGGAUUACAAGGAGAUGCUGGACAGGGGUGAGCUGCCCCUGGAGCGCGCGACUAGCCGCGAGAAGGGCCAGCCGCUGUGCAUGGAGCAGUUCUACCGGCUUCUGGGAGUGUGCCGCAUCCCCGAGGUGGGCCGCGACCGCCUGGAGCUGCCGCGCGCGCCCCCCGCCGCCGCUGAGGACGGGGAGGAACUCGUCGUAGUGGCCUGCAGGAACUAUUUCUACCCGAUCCCGGUGAAGGCGGCGGACCGCGGGCGGCUGACGGCGGGCGAGAUGCAGGCGCAGCUGCUGCACGCCAUGGUGGACGCGGCCGGCGCACCCCCUGCGCCCCGCGUGGGCCUGCUCACCUCCAUGAACAGGGACCAGUGGGCGCGCGCCAGGGAACAACUCAUUAAAGAUGAGACGAACCGCAUGAACAUGGAGCUGAUCUCGCGCGCGCUGUGCAUCCUGUGCCUGGACGAGGCGGGCGGGGACCGCGCCGACACCGACGCGGACACCAACGCCAUGCUGCGCGCCAUGCACGGCGCUGGCACCCGACACCACUCCGCCAACAGGUGGUUCGACAAGACCGUGCAGUUGAUCAUCUCGUCGGACGGCACGGUGGGCAUGUGCUACGAGCACAGCGCGGCGGAGGGCGUGGCGGUGGUGCGGCUGGCGGAGCGCGCGCUGGCCCGCGCGGAGGUGGCGGCCCGGCCCGCGCCGCCGCCCGCGCUGCUGCCCGCGCCGCAGGCCAUGCGCUGGAGCGUGGCCGGCGACGUGCAGCGGGCCAUCGACCAGGCCGCCAGGGACCUCGACCGGCGGGGAAAUACUGAUAAUUUUGUUCGCAGGGCUAUUGCCGAUCUGGACCACAAGGUGUACACAUAUCGCAACUACGGACGCGAGUUCAUGAAGUCCUGCCGCACCAGUCCCGACGUCUACAUCCAGCUGGCGUUGCAGUAUGCCUACUACAAGAUGUACGGUUACCUGGUAACCACAUACGAGUCGGCCUCUCUGCGACGCUUCCGCAACGGUCGCGUGGACAACAUCCGCUCGGCGCACGGCGCGGCGCUGGCGUGGGCCGCCGCCAUGUGCACCGCCGAGACGCCGCCGCUCAGCGACGCCGGCGACGACGGACAGAAGAAGGUUUCUUUCAAUUUGUAUGGGGUGAGAAUUUUGUUUUGGAAAUGGAUGACGCUUCACACCUCGAACAGCGAUGAAUCCAACAUACAAAGUGAACAUACGACCAUUUACCGAGCACCAAUUCAAACCCCGAUCUGAUUACUUUCUAUACCUGUAUCUUCACAUCACUCAAAAUCAAUCACAAAAGAUUCAUCUUUACGAUUAAUGAACUUAACUUCACACUACCGAAGGUUCGCCUGGCACAUACAUUUUCCUUAUCUGCCUAACGAAACUACUAUAUACUCUUCACUUCUACAUUUUGCAACUAAGUAUUGCAAAAUAAUAAUGCAACACCUCACACAGGAGCAAAAGAAACUGGAGCUAUUCGAAGAGGCGGCUCGUAAGCAGACGUCCAUCAUGGAGGCGAACAUCCUGGGCAAGGGGCUGGACAACCACCUGCUGGGGCUGCGCGAGGCGGCGCGCGAGACCCUCGGCGAGCUGCCGCCAGUGUUCUCUGAUAGCACCUACAAACAGAUGAUCGAGUUCAAGCUCAGCACUAGUCAGGUGGCCACCACGACUGACGGCACGUUUAUGGGCUACGGUGCGGUCUGCCCCGACGGCUACGGCUGCAGCUACAACCCCAAGAAGGAUUCCAUCAUCUUCUGCAUAUCCUCCUUCACGUCCUCGAGCGUCACCAACACAGAAGCCUUCAGGCAGUCGCUAGAAGAAGCCCUCGACUCCAUGAAACUGAUGUUCCAAGCGCGUAAGCCAGACAAUUGAGAAGGUUAGCUAGAACUCUUGGUAGGAUCCCGUUCAAUAGAUGGCACCAGCACUGGUAUGAUUUAAAUGUGAAAAGGCACUGUAGGUUUGGUGUUUUAGACAAAAGAAAGAAUUAUGCCUAAAGAAAUAACAACGGUACAUCCCUCAAUACCCUUUACAAGCAAG